AUGUCCAGAGCUCUUCCUCGCUCUGUCCCCUUCUCCCGCCUCUCCCAGAUUCGAGCCCCUCGAUCGUCAACAAUUUCACGGUAUGCCUCUACCGACGCUCCCGAAUCGGCUGAAAAAGUCAAAGGCCAAGUCAUUGGUAUUGAUUUGGGAACAACAAACUCGGCCGUCGCCGUCAUGGAAGGCAAACAACCAAGAAUAAUAGAAAACGCCGAGGGCACCCGAACAACUCCCUCUGUUGUGGCAUUCACUGAGGGUGGUGAGCGUCUCGUCGGUGUUGCAGCUAAGAGACAAGCUGUCGUCAACCCUGAAAACACACUUUUCGCGACCAAGCGACUUAUCGGUCGGAAGUUCUCAGACCCUGAAGUCCAGCGGGAUAUCAAGGAAGUCCCCUACAAGAUUGUCCAACACACCAAUGGCGACGCCUGGCUCGAAGCUCGCGGCGAGAAAUACUCGCCGUCGCAGAUUGGAGGUAUGGUCCUGGCCAAGAUGAAGGAGACUGCCGAAGCAUACCUAGGCAAGCCCGUCAAGAAUGCCGUCGUCACUGUUCCCGCCUACUUCAACGAUAUGCAGCGUCAAGCCACAAAAGACGCUGGGCAAAUUUCCGGGUUGAAUGUUCUCCGUGUUGUCAAUGAACCUACCGCAGCUGCGCUCGCGUAUGGCCUCGAGAAGGAAGAUGAUCGCAUCAUCGCUGUCUAUGAUCUAGGUGGUGGCACCUUUGAUAUUUCUAUCCUCGAGAUCCAGAAGGGCGUUUUUGAGGUCAAGUCAACCAAUGGUGACACCCACCUGGGAGGCGAAGAUUUCGACAUUACCCUCGUCCGCCACCUCGUCCAACAAUUCAAGAAGGAGUCGGGUAUCGAUCUAUCCAACGAUCGCAUGGCCAUUCAACGUAUUCGUGAAGCUGCCGAGAAGGCCAAGAUCGAGCUGUCUUCUUCCAUUCAGACAGACAUCAACUUACCUUUCAUUACUGCUGACGCAUCUGGUCCCAAGCACAUCAACAUCAAGAUGACCCGCGCUCAGCUCGAGCAGAUGGUUGACCCACUUAUUGCGAAGACCAUUGAACCUGUCCGCAAGGCUCUGAAGGAUGCCAACCUGCAAGCGAAGGACAUCCAAGAAAUCAUUCUCGUUGGUGGUAUGACCCGUAUGCCCAAGGUCACUGAAUCUGUCAAGAGCAUCUUCGGACGUGACCCGGCUAAAUCUGUCAACCCCGAUGAAGCUGUCGCCAUUGGUGCUGCAAUUCAGGGAGCUGUGCUCGCUGGUGAGGUUAUGGAUGUCCUCCUACUGGACGUCACCCCUCUCUCUCUGGGUAUCGAGACUCUUGGUGGCGUCUUCACACGUUUGAUCAACCGCAACACAACCAUCCCCACGAAGAAAUCACAGAUCUUCUCGACUGCUGCCGACUUCCAAACGGCUGUGGAGAUCAAGGUGUACCAGGGCGAGCGUGAGCUUGUCCGGGAUAACAAGUUGUUGGGCAACUUCCAGUUGGUUGGUAUCCCCCCGGCACACCGCGGCGUUCCUCAGAUCGAAGUCACCUUCGAUAUUGAUGCCGACUCGAUUGUCCAUGUCCACGCCAAGGACAAGUCGACCGGCAAGGAUCAGUCCAUCACCAUCGCCUCGGGCUCCGGUCUCUCCGACGCUGAGAUCCAGAACAUGGUGGAUGACGCCGAGAAAUACGGGGCACAAGACAAGGAGCGCAAGGCUGCGAUCGAGGCCGCCAACCGAGCUGACAGUGUCCUCAAUGACACGGACAAGGCAUUGAAGGAGUUUGAAGACAAGCUUGACAAGUCCGAAGCCGACACGAUCAAGGAGAAGAUUGCCUCUCUCCGUGAGUACGUUGCAAAGAACCAGACGGGUGAGGGCACCGCCACGGCUGAGGAGAUGAAGGCCAAGAUCGACGAACUCCAGACUGCAGCCCUUAGCUUGUUUGACAAGAUGCACAAGGCACGCGAGGAGUCACAACAGACGCCGCCGGGUGGGGAUGCCGGCGCACAGCAGGGCUCGUCCAGCGGCGAACAGAAGCCGUGA